AUGGACCAGCUUGGGAGAUUCAUUCAACUGGAUGCUAAAGGAAUAUUGAAAAAGAUACGAUUGUACUUAACAAAGAAACUGCUGGAAGACAGAAGGAAGUAUCAUCAGGAGUUUGCCUCAUCCACCUCAUUUCAUGGAGUGCAAAAUAUUGUCCAAACACGGAGCAAGACUCGCAAAGUGCUGUGGUUGUUAGUCGUGGUGGGCUGUCUUGCCGUUGUUAUCUGGCAAAUCUGCAGUCGCUUCAUCUACUACUUCAGCUGGCCAACCACAACCACGGUGGUGGUGCAGUAUAUGGAAAAUGUCAAAUUCCCUGCUGUGACUUUUUGCAACUUGAACAGGUUUCAAGCUCACGCAGUAAGCAACCUCAAAAUCAUUUUUUUCAUUUGGAACAUGGUUUAUGGAGCUCUCCCAAAAUUUCCUAUGGAAGAUAAAUAUUCUCAAGAGCUAAAUGAUUUCCUUCUUGGGAACCAGAACUUCAGCAUCAAAGAGUUUACAAGGAAAAAUGGGUUUUAUCUGAACAGCAGCACAUUGAUAGAAUGUGAAUUUUUUGGAAAGCCAUGUUACCCCCAGGAUUUUGAACAUGUUUUCACUGAAUAUGGAAAUUGCUUUACUUUUAAUCAUAAUGAUCUUCCAGCAAGAAGAGUGAGCUUGUCUGGAAGAGGCUUACAUUUACUUUUCGAUGUCCAACAGGAACAAUUCACUGAUGAACCUGCUCUUGGUUAUACUGAUGCUGGUAUAACUUUUGUAAUCCAUUCACCCAAAGAGCUUCCACGCUUUGAUGGUUUAGGUUUACUAACACCAGUCGGAAUGCAUGCACAGGUCGCAAUGCGCCAGCUGAAGUCAAUUAUCCAAGAAUACCCAUGGGGAGAGUGCAAGCCUGACAUAAAGCUUCAGUGCCGUGGCUGUUUGCCAUUCAUCCUUCCAGGAAAUGGAACAGAAUGUGAUUUGCUGAAGUUUUACAAUUGUGUUUAUCCUGCAGUCUAUGAUAUAGAGAUAAAAGGAUUAUGUACAGUAGGAACUCACAAUUCCACCUGCCCUGCCCCAUGUGAAGAAACAGAUUAUCCUACCACUGUCACAUAUUCAAGUUUUGGAGGAGAAAAAGCCAUAAAAUACUUUUCUGCAAACCUGAACAAAAGCCCAGAAUACAUUAGGCAGAACCUUGUGUGUAUUGACAUUAAAUAUCAUGAUCUGAGCUACAAAAUAACACAGCAGCAGAAGGCCUUGACUAUAUCUGAGUUGCUUGCUGAUGUAGGUGGCCAGCUUGGAUUGUUUUGUGGCGCCAGUAUGAUUACAAUCAUAGAACUGCUGGAGUAUGUUUUUACUAACUUCUGUUGGAUGUGCAUCUUUCUUCUAUUGAAAGCUCCUGAAAUGCCUCAAUGGAAUAAUCCAUCCCAGAACCAGCCAAAACACAAGGACAAAAAGAUGGGAAUACAAGAAUGUUAG